AUGGUUCUCGUCGAGGAAGUCAAGGAGGAUAUCAUUGUCGACCACGAGUCUGACUACGAGACCGAGUCGGAGUUUAGCGACGACAUGUCGGUUGCUUCGGACGACGACUUUGACACCAACGAGACCUUGGCCCAGCGCAUUGCCGCCCUCAAGGACAUUGUGCCGCCCGAGACGCGGACCGCCGUCUCCAAGAGCGCCACUCGUGUCGUCGACUUGGCCAAGUGGGCUGCUAAUGGGACCGGGCAGCUUGCUUGGUGGAUUACCACUUCUGCGCUGCUCGUCGGCCUUCCCCUCGCGCUGGCUAUUGAGGACGAGGCGCGCAUUACGCAGCAGGAGCGCGAGAUGCAGAUGCAGAGCGCUGGACAGCAGCAGCUCAUGGGCGGCGCGCCCGGCCAGCCCGCGGGCGUUCCCGCCGGCUUCUAA